AUGGCAACAGAGACUGUCUCACAAGUUUCCCCUGCAGAGGUGUUUCCAACGCCCUCUACUACGCCUCGGAGAGGUUCCUCUAUGCAUUCCCGGGGAGAUUCCUCUCCUGGCCCAUCAUCGUCGCCACCAUCUCCAUCAAACCAGAGUUUCUUCCUCGAUGGACGCCGUGACUUUCAAGAUGUCACAUACGAGGACACCUUAUCGCCGCUAGAUCCCAGGAGGUUUACCCCAACACUACAUGCUUCACUUGUUUCGGAGAUUUUGUCGUUAAGGCGGGACGUGGAGAGUAAAACAAAAGCCAUUGAUGUCUUAGAGCGAACCCUGGAUGAAUCGCGCAUAGAGGCUGAGGAUCUCAGUGAGCGUUUAUCACAGAGUACCAAGGAGACGCGGUCUCUCAAGCAUCAGUUACAGCUUGUGGAAGGGGGUACAUCCUCAGCUCUUACGGAGCUCGCGAGGGAGAGGGAUGAAACGCUAGAGAAUAUCUCAGAUGUGCGAAAGAAACUGGACCAGGCACAAAAGAAAGCCCGCAGUCGGGAAGAUGAGGUCGAUAAGACAUUGAAGCUUUGGGACCGCGAUAAGGAACUCUGGGACGGUGAGCGUAGAAACCUGGAACGCAAGAUCCAUGUUGUUGAGGGUCGUCUCAAGGCGGUCUUGACCGAAGUGGCAGCGUUCCAAGCAGCUGGGAAUUUUCAUCAGAUACAGAACCCCGAUGGGGCUGGUUUGGCUAAAGACGAAGCUAUGGGGAAGGAUAGUGAUACUGCGAGCGCCCACUCGAGCAGUCAAGGGAGACGGCGGACCAGUGUCACAAGCGUAAGCACUGACGGGAGUGAUCUGCAUGAUCUUAGGUACUCUGUGGCAAGUGCUGUCAAUAUACCAGGUGCGAAACACGACGGCAUAAACCUUGCGCAAGAACUGGCAUUCGACGAGGAAGACGAGUUUGAACUGCCCGACGAUGAUUUUACCCCUUAUUCACCUGAGGCACUCCCGGAAGAACGCCCAACGUCAGUCCACUCACAGUUGUCCCACACAAUGGAAAUGGGGGCAAAGGCAAGGAAGAUCCUGGGCCUCUCUCUCCAUAGUGUAGAAAGCUGUGGAAUCAAGUCGGAACCUAGUAGUCCCUGGAAACCACCUCCAACAGCAACAACGACAGCGAGCUAUUGCUAUCAAGAUGCUGGAAUUCAAUAUUCCCCCCCUCCGUCCCCGAAGUUGAAACUAGAGACUGGGACCGUGACCUGUGAUAAAGAUGCUGAAGGCCGCGACGCCUCUGUCUUGUACCAGACGAAAGACAGCAGCACGUGGAUGGUCCCAAUAAAUAUGGUAUCGACAUCUUCUCAAACUGUCGGUGAUUUGCCCACACCUCCUUGGACUCCUAAGCUUGGUGAAUCAUCGCCGCUGUCGAAGGCCCCUGAUCAGGCUACCAUGGUCUGUACAGCCAUUCAGACAGAACAACUUACUGCUCCUGAAACCCACGAUAAACGUGCCAAUCUUUCCCAUAACUGUCCGAGUUCCUCAGAUAUCGAAGUCCCAAUGAUUGCAAUUCAUCCACCAUGCUCUGAGCCUUCUUCGCCUCGAGGGAGCGUGGUUCUGCCACCACAAACUAAGAAUGCUUCUUGCCAAACCGACUUGAAAACUAUUGUCGAUAGCCGAACGGUUGGCAUACAGACAGAGGAAAUUCGAAUUGACCAGCGGGCUGUCAAAUUGCCUGCGAGCUUAUUACCGUCUGCCAUCCCAGAUUUACCCCUUCGUACCAAUCUCCAGGGUUUUCCGAUCCAGCCGUAUCACGCCCCACCUCCAAGAACGAGGAAAGAGGAGAUACCACCACCUCCUCCUAUCCCAGCCAAGGCACCAGCACGAAGCAAGCCUCAUGAACACGUGCAAGCUUAUCCCGGUAACAAUGACAACGGUCCGUUAUCUGAUGAGUCAAAGACAUAUUUAAGACGGCCCCUGCGAUCCAGUAGUCUCUUUGCCGGUUUUGACCAACCAAGUGAUGAGGAAACGUCACUUAGGGUGAGAGAUAUUUUCACAGAUGAUGAGCUGCUAAACCGGCCGUUCGCUUCAUAUACACUGAGAAGAGGCAAACUGGUUUCCACUCAGGGAUGUCCUAGCUUGGACGAGACCACCACGGAAAUCGAUGAGCACAUACUAGAGGCAGAAGCACAUUUAUAUGAUGCAACAGCCGAUCUUGAGAUGAAAAAUCCAAGCAGAGCUUCUCGAAUAAGUCCACAAACAGGAGCAGUGCCCUUGUGGACACGCCAACAGGAUAUACGCAGAGCGGCGAUGAUAUCCAACGGGGCAGCCGCACACCAGAGAAUACGGAGCCCCAGCGAGCCAAGUCUGGACGGUAGUGCUAGUGGCGGCUCUAGUAUAGCUCCCCCGUUCCCCGUCCCCAUUCGACUCAGUUCGCGGAAAUUCCCAGUUAAGGGCAACGAUGGUCAGCAGAGUCCUACUCCUUCGAACCCCCGGAAAUUUUCUGAUCAAGGACGGCCGUCGAUCACUCGGCAACCUACUUUGCGGCGAGUGCGGUCUGCUGCCGCAAUGUCUCAAACAGAGCCUGACCGACCUGUAACCCGAUCAUCACCUACCAUGUCAACAUCUUCCUGCGCGGCGGAUAGUCCCCAAUAUCCGUCUCUCCCAUUCAACGAUAUCACUACUCCUCGGCGGAUUAGGCGGGCAAGCCAAGGGCGAUCCAAUAAUAGCGGCCACCCCACACGCGCGUUUUCCCACCACCGGGAUGAUUCCACGGCGACAUCAGUCCAGCCAACUAGUGUUGUUGAUGCUAUUGCUCAAACGAUGGUAGGAGAAUGGAUGUUCAAGUACGUUCGGAGGAGGAGAUCUUUCGGCGGAGUUGGUGAAGCCAAGGACAACUGGGAAGGCCGGAAUGCCGAGGAAGUGUCAGCGAACAUCGCCAACAGUGGAUCAAGGCACAAACGAUGGGUUUGGCUGGCUCCGUAUGAGCGAGCGGUUAUGUGGAGUAGCAAGCAGCCAACAAGUGGACCAGCGUUACUUGGCAAGAGCGGCAGAAAAUUGACAAUUCAAUCUGUCCUUGACGUUAAAGACGACAACCCUUUACCUAAGGGAUUCGACCCGCAAAAUCAAUUCAACCGAUCCAUCCUCAUCCUUACCCCUGAACGAGCCCUCAAAUUUACCGCUACCACCAUCGAACGGCAUUACGUUUGGCUAACUGCCCUGUCAUUUUUGAGUCAUUCUGCCAUGGGCCUUCACGAUCUCGCAGCUCUGCCGCCUGUACCGCAGGAAGAAUUUGCAUCUUCCGCGCCUACUGCGACUUUGCGUCGCAACCCGAUCCGCGAUUCUAUAAGAAUCGCCAAAGGCCGGCCAAGGCCAAGGCCGAGAGGGAAACGAGCAUUCAAACACCCUGAGCCAGUUCCAGAGCUCCCAGCAGAAAUGGAUAUGGCAGAUGCCGCUGACCCACCCACAAUUCCCCGGUUCUCCAGCCAUUCGCGCAAGCGCAGCAAUACGACUCCCCGGAUCCCCAUGAUCCGCAGCUUUUCCAAUCAGGGUACCGUGCCAUUAAUGCCUCCAACGCAAGGCGCGUUUGAAGCAUAUGCCCCACCCGCUACGAACAGUGGCCAGAGCAUCAUUAGUGGCCGUACCUCCGAGGCCAGCGUGAGAACUGGUAAUUAUUUCGAUGCCAUUGGUACCGUGCGCAUGGAGGCGUUCAUUGACCAGACCGAAUCUAACCAAUACCAUGCGACACAUCCAAGCCAUGUGCGGAAACCUUCGAGUCCUUGGAGCUCGGAAAGCCAACAAUUUUAUGACCUUGAUCACCCAAGGUAUGACGAUUGUGGAUCUUUUCGCAGUGAUGAUCCCUUCGGAGGAUUCUAA